CCUUAUUUGAAAGGAGAAAAAUCUGAUAAGCUGUUUCUUCUUAUACAUUUUAAAAAUAUUUUAGUAAUUUUCAUAUUUGUAACAGUGUCCUUAUUAGUGGCAAAAAAUGAAGAGAUUUAUUUUGACUGCCAUAUAGUGUUCCUUUCUUGAAAAUAUAAUAAUGGUGCUCCUUUGGUGGCUUUAAGUUUGCCAGACAAGCUUUUGAAAAUUAACUGGUUUAUCCUUGUCCAGAUAGCUGUUUACUAGGUAAACGGGGGAAUAAAGCCAUUCUCUUGGUAAUAAAACUUUUAAAGAAGAUGAGUUAAGUAUAGGAUGUAACUUGUCCACACACAUAAGUACUGCAAACAUGAUUUGGAAGCAUAAUCCAAUCACCACUCUUUCUUUACUCCAAGCAAAUGAGAGGUGGUGCACUGCACUGGUAUAUUAUAAUGAGUGAUCAUUAUUAACACAAAUCCCUUUAUCGCUUAUAUGAUUUAGAAUUAGAAAAUGGCCUCCUACAUUUUAAUAGCACAAACCCUUUUAACUAUUAAUACAGCCUAAAUUAUCUUGACUGAUGUUUGUAAUAUAUUUAAAUCUUAUUUUAUGUAAUUUUGACUCAAUAUUUUAAUGGUUACUUGGGUAAAUGAUUUGCUAUUUGUGUUUUUCAGACAGCAUAAAAUAGAGGAUGCUGCUAUAGCAUAUGUAACUGAAAAUGAAGAAAUUAAACAUGAAAAAAAACUUGGAAAAAGCAUACAACAUUCAAAACCACAUGUCGGAAGAGGACGUAUAUAUUAUGCUAAAUUCAUUAACACAAAUGCAAGAACAUACAAUGAACCAGUUCCCUACAUAGAUCCCAAAAAAGGGCCAGAAAUACAGGGUGACUGGUGGUCACAUGGUAAAGCACUGGAACCUGUCUUCCUACCACCUUAUGACUCUAAGAGUACCCAGAGGAGUGAUUUCCAAAAACCAGCAUGUCCACUGGUUUUGCCAGUCAAACACAGCAAGAUGCAAAAGCCUUCUUGUGGAAUAGUUCCACUUGCCUUUCCUGGUGCAUCAGCAGAACUUCAAAACAAUUUUAUAGAAUAUAUCUCUUUUAUACAUCAAUAUGACGCCAGAAAAACUCCGAACGAGCCUCUCCGGGGAAAGAGACAUGGAGCUUUUGUACACAGAGAGAUAAAACCAGGGAGUAGGCCAAUAGUUCCUAAAGGAACAGAGGUAGUACUGAACGCUCCAGGGUCACGUUCAUCAGAACAGUCCGAAAAAACAGAGAAAGGAAGCUCAGCGGAAAGCAGAAUGAUCUCACCAGGUCUCUGCCAACAAAAUUCCCAAGAGCUGUUAGAGACUAAAACUCACUUAUCAGAAAGAGACGUCAGACAGGCAGCCAAGGCAUGUCCCAGCAGUCCUGAGAGCAGAGAAAAGAUCGCAGGCGCCACUCGAACAACUGUAGGAGAUGCUCUUUUCACUAGGCACAAGCCUUUAAAUCCACCCAUUAAAAAAUCAGAAUAAAUUACCUUCUUCAGAUAAAACUAUAAUCCCUAGAAUAUGAGGAAAUUUCACAAUCAUCAUCUUGGCCCUCACAUUUACUUUUCUGCUAUCAGUAACUUCAGAACAUACAAUUUAUGUAAAUGGAAAAAGAGAAAAAAGACAAUUAAAAUACAACCAAAUGUUAUUAAUAAGUGUGGUCUCCAAUAAGUGGAGUGAGACAUUAUUUCUACGUCACGUUCUUUAUAAACACAACUUUGUUUUGCACAACAAAUGAACAUAAUUAACAAAUAUAAUAAGACUUUUAGAAGAGAGGCCCUGGUAGAUGUAAGUGUAACAGGGCCUCUCUUGGAAUCAAACAGAGCUUUGGAAUCAAACAGAGUUGUAAUGUUGGCUUUACUUCAUUCCUUGAGCUGUGUGACCUUGCGUAAGUAACUUAACCUCUCUAGACUUCAGUUUUUUCAACUGUAAAAUUAGCAAAAUAGCAACUUCAUAAGAUGAUUGAGGAUGUGAUUAUGCACAUUGAUCAAUAAGUGGUCAAUGUAAUCAUAUCAUCACUGCUACUAUAAUUCAAUUUUCAAUUUAAGGAUAAUAUUCUCUUAUAUAUUUAAAUUUUCCUCCUUAUUCUAAAACUUAGAACUCCUCCAUAUAUAAUUAAGAGUGUGAAAAUCUAAAAAUACUCCUGCCAGUACAAGAUGCACACGCAGACACAUACACACUUAAUUCAAAGACGUGUGGGUACUUAGAAUAUUGAAGUAUUUUCUAAAUUGUUUUCUUUUUACUCAGAUCAUUUCUAACACCAACUCAGCCUUUGCUUUUUGGAUGAGUUUGGUAAGGAUUAAUUCCACCUUGCUUUUUGGAUGAGUUUGGUACGGAUUAAUUCUUCUUCCAAUUUGGUGUGUUUUGUGUGCCGCGAUGUAUUAUAAGAUAUGUUAUAUCGCAUACAAGUGGAAGCAGGUGUAGUAUUCCUCUGCUAUAAAGAGUGUUUACAAAUUUCCAUGGAGGAAUAUCAGCUGCUCACUAUUAUCUGCAGUAUUGAUAAGACUACAGCUAUAUCUUUAUCCCUUUAUUCUCCAUUAAAGAAAUUGUAAUACAUUGCAAAAUAAUGAAUAUCAUUGUUAUGUAUUUUUUUGUGUUGGGGACUUCUAGUUCUUGCCACAUAUAUAUCUCCAAUAUAUAUUUUGGAGAUCUUUCCUUGUCAACACAUGUAGGCUACCUUGUUAUUUUAAUAGCUCCAUACUCUUCAAUAGCAUAGGUAUACUACUAUAAAAUUAGAAAAAUAAGAAUGCAAGUUUUGGCAUGAGGGCAGGGAAGGGAGAGGUUGUUAGCAUGUUUGGAAAAAGAUCUUAAAACCUAGGGACUUGAAUUUUUAUCCUCAUUGGAACAGGGAUGGAACCUUAUGUCUUCCAAAGUAGAAAGAUAGAAUUGAAAUCUGCAUAAAGCUAGAACUCUCGAAUGACUGGCCUGUCAGUACAAGGCAGACUCCACUCUACUCAUAUAACCAGGAAGAUAGCAAGAAAUUUUGCCUCUGCCUGGAGCUAUGGAUAGUGAAUAAACUCUUUGUGAAAAAGUAAAACCCCAAGCUUGUAGCACACUCCAGUUAGGAAUAUAAAUUUACAUGUAAGACUUCUUUUAGGACACAAAACCAAAAAAAUCCUGCUGGUGAUACCACUGAAGUACCUGACAAAAGCAAAUGCAAAACGCCCCUGGAGAGACAGUUUCACAAUCAGCACAAAAAAAGGAAUCCCUGCUAAAGAUAGCCACAAACAAAAAUUACAAAUCACACCAAGAAGAAAACCAAACUGAGCAAGAGUCUGCAGUGCAAAAGAAUAACUGUAAUUUCAAAACUGGAGAUAAAAGACUUAAAACAUAUAAUUUCAAAACUGGAGAUAAAAGCAUUAAAACACUUUCAGUUUGAAAAUCCUUGGUUUUUUUCUACCUUAGAAAAUUUUAUUAUGUUGCUUUUUCUGUUAUUUCCAUCCCUUCCAUUCUUUCUCUUCCCUCUUUCUGGAACAGCUGUUAGCUAAAUGUUAGAACACUUGGAUCUGUCGUCUAUGUCUCUCAUUAUCUGUCUGUGUGUGUAUGUGUGGUGUUUGGUUUUGAGACAGUCUCUCCAGAGCCAAGCUGGAGUGCAGUGGCUUGAUCU